AACAACAAGCCGGGAAUCGUGUUUUCUGAAAAGUUAGGGGAAUAUUUUUUGAAAUAUUGCUUUGUUUUCGCAUGUAAAGUUGAUCAAAACAGCACAAAACCAUGGCUGAUGCUGCCGCACGUCAGCUGCAGUACGAGUACAAAGCGAACUCCAAUCUUGUGUUGCAAGCGGAUGUCCGGUUGAUUGAACGACCUCGGCGUGAUGAGGCCACCGGUGAGGUGCUCUCCCUGGUGGGCAAGCUGGACGGGACCCGUAUGGGCGAUCGGGCCCAGCGAAGCAAACCCGAAAAGACCGAAGAAAGAAAGGCCAAGCGACAACGUCGCGACGAAGCACAGUACGACUUCAACAGCAUGAAGGGCGCCACUUUGCUGUCGGAGGGAAUCGACGAGAUGGUCGGCAUCGUUUACCGGCCCAAGACGCAGGAAACGCGUCAAACGUACGAGGUACUGUUGAGCUUCAUCCAGGAGGCGAUCGGCGAUCAACCGCGGGACAUUUUGUGCGGUGCUGCCGACGAAAUUCUGGCGGUACUCAAAAACGACAAAAUGAAAGAUCGCGAGCGGAAGCGCGAAAUCGACGGGCUGCUAGGGUCGGUCACUGAUGAGCGGUUUGCGUUGCUGGUUAAUUUGGGCAAGAAAAUAACCGACUUUGGAACCGAUUCGGCGGGUGCGACCGGUUUAGCCGCUGAGGAACAGAUCGAUGAAACGUACGGCAUCAACGUACAGUUCGAAGAGUCCGAGGCAGAAAGUGAGGAGGAAGAAUACGGUGAAGUGCGAGACGAAGAUGCACAGGACGAGGGGGAAGAAGCCAGGGAUGAUGGAAUGUUGCACGCGGAGAAUCUCGGCGGUAACGAGGAAAACAAGAAAGAGAAAGCCCUAGAUCCGCGGGACAUCGACGCCCACUGGUUGCAGCGAUGUCUGCGCAAAUACUACAAUGAUUCGAUGCUUUCCCAGUCAAAAGCUGGGGAGGUGUUGGGAGUGCUCCGGGAUGCUGGUGACGAUCGGGAGUGCGAAAAUCAGCUAGUGCUGCUUCUGGGCUACGAUUGUUUCGAUUUUAUUAAGCUGCUCAAAAAGAAUAGACAGAUGAUUUUAUAUUGCACUCUUCUGGCGUCCUCGCAAAGUGAGAGUGAUCGCAUUAAAAUUCGUGAAAAAAUGAAGGCAGAUUCAUAUUUGGCAAAAAUUCUCAGGCAGCUGGACACCGGCAAGCAGGAGAUGGAUGAUUAUGAGAGUGAGAAGGCAAAAAUGCAGCGCCGUAGGAAAGAACAAGAUGAUGAUAACAUGGAAGGCAUUGGAGGUCAGAUCCCCGGGAAUCGAACUGUUUUGGAACUUGACGAGCUGGCUUUCACCCAAGGAUCUCAUUUGAUGGCAAACAAAAGAUGUCAGCUACCGGAUGGUAGUUUCCGUAAGCAGCGAAAAGGCUACGAAGAAGUUCAUGUUCCAGCAUUGAAACCCAAACCCUUUGAAAAUGACGAAGAAUUGAUGGCAAUCGAUAAAUUACCUAAAUAUGUCCAGCCGGUGUUCUCAGGUUUCAAAACAUUGAACCGUAUUCAGAGUAGAAUUUACAAAACUGCAUUAGAAAGUGACGAAAAUGUUCUACUUUGCGCUCCCACUGGUGCCGGUAAAACGAACGUAGCUCUAUUGACCAUGAUGAGAGAGAUUGGGAAGCAUAUCAACGACGAUGGAACGAUCAAUGUGGACGAAUUUAAAAUAAUCUACAUCGCUCCGAUGCGUUCUCUGGUACAGGAAAUGGUUGGUAACUUUGGAAAACGCCUGGGGACUUAUAAUUUGACAGUUUCGGAAUUGACUGGUGAUCAUCAAUUGAGCCGGGAGCAGAUCGCUGCUACCCAGGUGAUUGUUUGCACGCCGGAAAAAUGGGACAUUAUCACUCGAAAAGGAGGAGAAAAAACCUAUACCCAAUUGGUGAGAUUGAUAAUUAUUGAUGAAAUUCACUUGCUGCACGAUGAGCGUGGACCGGUUUUGGAAUCACUGGUUGCUCGGACGAUCCGUAACAUUGAAACAACACAGGAGGAUGUCCGUAUCAUUGGAUUGUCUGCAACCCUUCCAAAUUACCAAGACGUUGCAACGUUCCUCAGAGUUCGUCCUGAAACCGGCUUAUUCUAUUUCGAUAACAGCUUCCGACCGGUUGCAUUGGAGCAACAGUACAUCGGUGUAACGGAGAAGAAAGCCCUCAAACGCUUCCAAGUCAUGAACGAUAUCGUUUACGAGAAGGUGAUGGAACAUGCCGGAAAGAACCAAGUUUUGGUUUUCGUGCAUUCGCGAAAGGAAACCGGUAAGACGGCUCGCGCCAUACGUGACAUGUGUUUGGAAAAAGAUACUCUGGGAAGUUUCUUAAGAGAAGGGUCUGCUAGUAUGGAAGUAUUGCGUUCUGAAGCUGAGCAGGUUAAGAACUCAGAGUUGAAGGAUUUGCUACCAUAUGGAUUUGCAAUCCAUCACGCUGGAAUGACCCGUGUUGACCGUACUCUGGUUGAGGAUUUGUUUGCCGAUCGUCACAUACAGGUUCUGGUCUCAACGGCUACUCUAGCUUGGGGUGUUAACUUGCCGGCUCACACCGUCAUCAUCAAAGGAACACAGGUGUACAACCCAGAGAAAGGUCGUUGGGUUGAACUAGGAGCCCUCGACGUUCUCCAGAUGUUGGGUCGAGCAGGUCGUCCACAAUACGACACCAAGGGAGAGGGAAUUCUCAUCACCAAUCACAGCGAGCUGCAGUUCUAUCUGUCGCUGUUGAAUCAACAACUCCCAAUCGAGUCACAGCUUAUCUCCAAAAUGCCGGAUAUGCUGAACGCAGAAAUUGUGCUUGGAACCAUUCAGAAUGUCAAAGACGCUGUAACUUGGCUUGGUUACACUUACCUUUACAUAAGAAUGCUCCGACAACCAACGCUGUAUGGAGUUUCAUUUGAUGCUAUCAAAGAAGAUCCGCUGCUGGAAAAUUUCCGUGCCGAUUUAGUCCACACUGCAGCUUUGCAUCUUGAAAAGAGCGGUUUGGUCAAAUACGAUCGUAAAAGUGGUCAUUUCCAGGUGACGGAAAUAGGACGAAUCGCUUCGCAUUAUUAUUGCACUCACGAUACGAUGCUGACUUACAAUCAGCUGCUGAAGCCUACUCUCAGUGAAAUUGAGCUGUUUCGCGUUUUUUCGUUGUCCGGGGAGUUCCGCAAUAUAACCGUUCGUGAGGAGGAGAAGCUGGAGUUGCAGAAGCUGAUGGAACGCGUUCCAAUCCCGAUUAAGGAAAGCAUGGAGGAGUCCAGCGCCAAAGUGAAUGUCCUGUUGCAGGCUUAUAUUUCGCAGUUGAAGUUGGAAGGAUUCGCACUGAUGGCGGAUAUGGUAUACGUCACACAGUCAGCUUCACGUUUGUUGAGAGCGAUUUUCGAGAUUGUAUUGCAUCGGGAGUGGGCGCAGCUGGCCGACAAAUGUCUAACUCUUUGUAAAAUGAUUGACCGUCGUAUGUGGCAAAGUAUGUCACCGUUGAGGCAAUUUCGGAAAAUGCCGGAAGAAAUUGUCAAGAAAAUUGAAAAGAAGAAUUUCCCUUGGGAACGUUUAUACGAUCUGGAAGCUAACGAAAUCGGUGAACUCAUUCGAGUUCCAAAGCUGGGAAAAACUAUUUACAAGUACGUUCACCAGUUCCCGAAACUUGAGCUGUCCACUCACAUUCAACCGAUCACUCGGUCUACCCUGAGAGUGGAACUCACAAUCACUCCCGAUUUUCAAUGGGACGAUAAAAUUCAUGGUCAAUCCGAAGCGUUCUGGAUUCUGGUGGAGGACGUUGAUUCAGAAGUGAUCCUACACCAUGAAUACUUCCUGCUGAAAGCUAAAUACUGUCAGGAUGAUCAUCUGGUGAAGUUCUUCGUGCCGGUAUUCGAACCCUUACCACCUCAAUACUUUCUGAGAAUAGUUUCUGAUCGUUGGAUAGGAGCAGAAACCCAGCUCCCCGUUUCCUUCCGGCAUCUGAUCCUGCCGGAAAAGAAUCUACCACCAACUGAACUUUUGGAUUUGCAGCCUUUACCUAUUAGCGCUUUGCGGGAGCCACGCUUUGAAGAACUUUACUCUGAACGCUUCCCGCAGUUUAAUCCAAUCCAGACGCAAGUUUUCAAUGCCGUUUACAACAGCGAGGACAAUGUUUUUGUGGGAGCUCCAACCGGAUCCGGAAAGACAACAAUAGCUGAGUUUGCAGUAUUGAGGAUGUUACAGCAAAAUCCUCAUGGUCGCGUUGUCUAUCUGGUGUCGAAAGACACCUUAGCUGAAUUGAUUUUCAUGGAUUGGCAUCAGAAGUUCAGUCAAAACUUGGGCUGCAAGGUGGUGAAACUCACUGGAGAAACUGGAACGGAUUUAAAGUUGAUUGCUAAAGGACAAAUCAUUGUUACGACGGCUGACAAGUGGGAUAUUUUGUCUCGUCGUUGGAAGCAGAGGAAGAACGUGCAGAAUAUUCAGCUCUUCAUAGUUGACGAACUGCAGCUGAUCGGUGGAGAAGAUGGUCCUGUUUUGGAAGUAGUUUGCUCCCGUAUGCGGUAUAUUUCAUCGCAGAUCGAAAAACAAAUACGUAUUAUCGCUUUGUCGGCUUCAUUGUCCGAUGCCAGGGAUGUUGCACAGUGGUUAGGAUGUAACGCGAAUGCGACUUUCAAUUUCCAUCCUAGCGUCAGGCCUAUUCCACUGGAAUUACACGUCCAAGGGUUCAAUAUCACUCAUAAUGCCUCGAGAGUUGCUGCGAUGUCUAAGCCAGUUUACAACGCAAUCACCAAAUUCAGUCCCCAUAAGCCGGUGAUCGUUUUCGUAUCUUCUCGAAAGCUGGCUCGACUCACAGCUAUUGAUAUUUUGACGUACUGUGCUGCGGAAGCUCAACCUAAUAGGUUCUUCCACGCGGAAGAGGAAGAUAUAAAACCUUUCUUGGAUCGAAUGACGGACAAAACAUUGAAGGAGACUCUUUCUCAAGGUGUGGCGUACAUUCACGAAGGUUUGACCCCUGCAGAUCAUAGGAUUGUGGAACAGCUGUUUGAUUCCGGUGCCGUUCAAAUUGCGGUCGUUACGAGAGAUCUCUGUUGGGGUCUAAACAUUUCGGCCUAUCUCGUGGUGAUCAUGGAUACCCAAUUUUACAAUGGCAAAAGCCAUUCUUACGAUGACUACCCCAUCACAGAUGUGAUGCAAAUGGUCGGUAGAGCUAACCGACCGCUGGAAGAUGACGAUGCCAAGUGUGUCCUGAUGUGUCAAAGCUCCAAGAAGGACUUUUUCAAAAAGUUCCUCAACGAAAGCCUGCCAGUCGAAAGCCAUCUGGAUCAUCGCUUGCACGAUCACUUCAAUGCAGAAAUUGUGACAAAGACCAUUGAGAACAAACAGGACGCAGUGGAUUAUCUAACCUGGACCUUCCUAUAUCGACGAUUGACUCAGAAUCCAAACUAUUACAACCUACAGGGUGUCACUCAUCGACACCUUUCCGAUCAUCUAUCAGAGCUGGUUGAGUCAACCUUGUCCGAUCUGGAACAAUCCAAAUGUAUCAGCGUCGAGGAUGAAAUGGAUACGUUGCCGCUGAAUCUGGGAAUGAUUGCUGCGUACUAUUACAUAAACUACACGACAAUUGAGUUGUUCAGUUUGUCGCUGAACAGCAAAACCAAAAUCCGUGGACUGCUGGAAAUCAUCGCAUCGGCCGCAGAAUACGAAGAUGUGGUUGUCCGACACCAUGAAGAUAACAUAUUGAAAAGCUUGGCUCAGAGGCUGCCGAACAAGUUGACAGGACCCAAUGGAGCUGCUCCAAAAUAUAACGACCCACACAUCAAAACAAACCUAUUGCUUCAGGCGCAUCUGUCUCGGCUGCAGCUGGGAGCAGAACUUCAAGGCGACACCGAACAAAUUCUCGGAAAAGCCAUUCGACUCAUCCAAGCUUGCGUCGAUGUGCUUAGCUCCAAUGGAUGGCUUUCGCCGGCCGUCGCAGCCAUGGAGCUGGCCCAAAUGGUAACGCAAGCAAUGUGGAGCAAGGAUUCCUAUUUGAAGCAACUUCCCCACUUCACCGGGGACAUUGUCAAACGGUGUCAGGAGAAGAAAAUUGAAACCGUUUUCGAUAUCAUGGAACUGGAUGACGACGACCGUAGCCGGCUGCUGCAGCUGACCGAUCAACAAAUGUCGGACGUGGCCAGAUUCUGCAAUCGCUAUCCGAACAUCGAGAUGACAUUCGAGGUCAUAGAUCGGGAUCGCAUCAACUCCGGAUCGUCGGUUAAUGUGGCCGUCAACUUGGAACGUGAAGACGACGUGACUGGACCGGUGAUUGCGCCGUUCUUCCCCCAGAAACGCGAAGAAGGCUGGUGGGUAGUGAUCGGCGAUCCGAAAACCAACUCGCUGCUCUCGAUCAAACGGCUCACCCUGCAGCAGAAGGCGAAGGUGAAGCUGGAUUUCGUGGCUCCCAGUCCGGGCCACCACGAGUAUACCCUGUACUUCAUGAGCGAUUCGUACCUCGGGUGCGAUCAGGAGUACGAGUUCAACAUCAACGUAGGUGAUUUCCAGUCGGAGAGCGAAAGCGAUUCGGAUUAAGUAUCCUUGGACUACGAUAAAGGUAACGUUUAUUGUCUCUAUAUUCUAACCACCCACAUCCAGCAUAAAUACCUAUUUAGAAUAUCUUUGAGGGAAUCUGUGCAGGUGUUAUGAUACUUCUAAUAAAUCCCACAGAGGAAAUUCACUUGUCCCGAUUUCCGGGAGCAAUGAUC